AUGGCAGCAACGGCGCUGGCAGGGGCGAUGACGAAGGAACAGGUAGAGGGCUACGCGGCAGUGGUGCGAAUCGACGAAAUCACGCGCAAGCUGAAAACCAACGACGUGGUACCCCAGGAUGGGCAGCGGUCGCCGUCGCCGCCGCCAACAUACAAUGCCGAGGGCAAGCGCACGAACACGCGCGAGGCACGGUACCGCAAGCGUCUGGAGGAGGAGCGCGGGCUGCUGGUUGAAGAGCAGCUGCGGCGGGACGCCAGCUACCGGCCGCCGGCUGACUACAAGAAGAAGUCGAAGCACUCAGAGAAGGUGUUUAUUCCGGUGGAGGAGAACCCUGGGCUGAACUUCAUCGGCUUGCUGAUUGGCCCGCGUGGCAACACGCUGAAGAAGAUCGAGGGUGACUCGGGCACCAAGAUCUCGAUUCGCGGGCGCGGGUCGAUCAAGGAGGGGAAGCGACGCGACGACAUGCAUAUUCCGGGAGCUGAUGAGGACCUGCAUUGCCUGGUGCAAGCCGACAGCGAGGAGAAGGUGCGGAAGGGCGUGCGGAUUGUCCAGGAGAUCAUCCAGAAGGCGUGCGUGACACCCGAAGGCCACAACGACCUGAAGCGCAAUCAGCUGCGCGAGCUGGCGGCACUCAACGGAACUCUGCGUGACGACGAGGGCCAGGCAUGUACCAACUGCGGGGCGCUGGGCCACCGGCGGUGGGAGUGCCCGGAGCAGAAAAACGUAACAGUGAGUCUUGUCUGCCGCGUGUGCGGUGGCAAGGGUCAUAUUGCACGUGACUGCACGCAGCGCCAUGACCCGGCGGCGCUGGAGCAGGCCAGAGAGCGCGACCAGCAGCUCAACUCGGAGUACCUGAACCUGAUGGCCGAGCUGGGCGAG